AUGUCUCUAACUACGUGUCCCAUGGUUACAAUGCAACACUGCCACCUUCUUCUUCCUUCUAGCACUCACUAAUAGGCAAUGCAUAUGCUUAUAAAAUCCCAAUAGUCUCCAGCUCUAUCUUCAACAGUACAGUUUUCUCAGUGUUUAUCAUCAGCUAGCAGCUAAGCCAUAGACAUGUUGGGUCUUAUACACACAUUCCUGAACCUCUCAGCUCCCCCAUUCACCUUCUUCUCCCUCUUGCUUCUCCUACCGCCGCUUUAUCUCUUCAAGUUCUUCACCUUUCUCUUGAGCACCAUCUUCAGCGAAAGUGUCGCCGGCAAGGUCGUCCUCAUCACCGGUGCCUCCUCCGGUAUCGGCGAGCACUUGGCUUAUGAGUAUGCAAGGAGAGGGGCACGAUUGGCCCUAGUUGGCAGGAGAGAAAACGCGCUAAGGGAAGUCGUUGAUCGAGCAGCUCAGUGUGGCUCUCCAGAGGUUAUUAUGAUUGGGGCUGAUGUUUCAAAGGCUGAGGACUGCAAGAGACUUGUUGAUGAAACUAUCAACCACUUCGGAAGGUUGGACCAUCUGGUGAAUAAUGCUGGGAUCACUACUUGUAGCAUGUUGGAAGAUGUCACCGAUAUCACAAAUUUCAGAUCCGUAAUGGAUACAAACUUCUGGGGAUCCGUCUAUACCACUCAUUUUGCAGCUCCACACCUCAGAAACAACAAAGGUAGAAUCGUGGUGCUUUCUUCCGUUAAUGCAUGGUUGCCUGUGCCAAGAAUGAGCAUAUACAAUGCAAGUAAAGCAGCUAUGUUGAGCAUGUUUGAGACACUGAGGGUUGAAUUUGGGCCAGAAGUUCAUAUAACAAUCGUGACUCCCGGAUACAUAGAGUCUGAGAUGAACAAAGGCAAAUACUUAUCGCCCGAAGGCAAGAUGACCGUAGAUCAAGAAAUGAGGGAUGUUCAAGUUAGCGCAAUUCCUGUUGAAAGAGUGCAAGAAUGCGCGAAUGCAAUUGUGAACAGUGUUUGUCGUGGACAAAGGUGCUUGACAGAGCCAGCAUGGUAUAAAGUCAUAUAUACGUGGAAGGUGUUCUGCCCUGAGCUACUCGAAUGGGGUUACAAAUUUUUCUACAUGGCUAGGCCUGGGGCUCCUGCUAAUGAAGCACCUAGCAAAGAUAUCUUGGACUACACCGGCGUGAAGAAUGUCCUGUACCCCGAGUCCCUCCACAAUCCUGAGAUCAAGACAGAUUGAAGCAACUGGGUUAUGGUUUCAGUUAUCUCUAAGCAAGUGUUUUUUUUUUAGCUCGUUUUGUAAAUAGGUGGGCUCUUUCGGUUCUGUUUGUAAAUAUUGGUACCUAUCAGGGUGACGAUAAAGAAUUGGAUAUGUGUUGGUCUGUCAAAAUGACUAUGCCGUACGUGUAUGUGCUGUUUCAUAUAUAUAAUGUAUCAAAAUCUGUGUUUAAA